CUGUCACUUCCUCUUCCGUGAGGGACACAAGGCUUCCCCUCUCGUCGCAGAGUGGCAUCCCGAGGCCUCUCCAGGAUGACAUUCAGACAGAGCGAGCUCCGGGCCACCACGAUGCCCGCACCUGCCACCCCACCCCGCCUGCCUCGGCCCUCCCUGCUGCUGCCUCUGCUGCUGGGCCUCACAGGUGUGGCAGGUGAGCUGGAGCUGCAGGUGAUCCAGCCUGACAAGUCCAUGUCUGUCGCAGCCGGACAGACAGCCACUCUGCGCUGCACCGUGACCUCCCUGCUCCCCAUUGGGCCGGUUGAGUGGUUCCGGGGGACAGGGCCAACCCGGGAGUCAGUCUACAAUUUCAAAGGAGGCCACUACCCCCGAGUAACAUAUGUUUCAGACGCCACAAGGAGAAACAACACGGACUUUUCCAUCCACAUCAGUGACAUCACCCCAGCAGACGCCGGUACCUACUACUGUGUGAAGUUCCAGAGAGGCAGCCCGGAUGUGGAGUUUAAGUCUGGACCAGGCACCAGGAUGUUUGUACCUGCUAAGCCCUCCCUUCCAGAGAUUUCUGGCCCCUCCAACAGAGCCAGCCCAGGCCAGAGAGUGAAUCUCACCUGCACAGCAACUGGCUUCUUUCCCAAAAACAUAUACCUGAAAUGGUUUGAAAAUGACAUGGAGUUACCAGCCUUACAGACCCUGGUCUUCCUGCCUAGAGACGCUGGAUCCUACACCAUCAUCAGCACAGUGCUGGUGACCCUUGACUUAUCCUCACUCCACUCCCAGCUCACCUGCCAAGUGGCUCACAGUAUGUUGCAGCGCCCCCUCAGUAGGCACGUGAACAUCUCCAAAUUCCUGCAAGUUAUACCCACAGUGACUAUAUUGGCACACCGGGUCCCAAGCCUCCAGCUGGCCAUCCUCACCUGCCACGUGCAAAGGUUCUACCCCGAAGUCAUACGAAUCACCUGGCUAGAGAUGAACGGAUGCUUUAAGGCCUGUGAGGCUCCCGCCCGCACCAGGAACCCAGACGGCACGUUCAACGAAGACGGUCAUAUCCUGGUUUACACCUCAGGGAACAAAACGCAGUUUACCUGCCAAGUGCAGCAAGAGGCCCAGCCCCUGCUCCAAGCCAGCGUGCCCCUGAGUGAGCUCAGAGAAGAGCCAGCGUGUCUGGAUGCCAGAGCAUCCAGCUCCCUGUCUGGAAUCCUCAUCCUGCUUGGCUGGAAGUUGUUUCCCCUGACAGCACUCUGCAUCAUCUAUGUCCUCAAGAGAAGAGUCCCUUCCAACUUCCUGCUUCCCCUGCAGGUCACAGACACAGCAAGGCCCUCCUCAGUGACACAGGACCCUCAGUCCCCUCCUGUUUUAUUCAGGAGGACUGAUCCAGGAGAGGCCCUGGCCGUGAAGUCUGCAGCCACUACCAAAGCUUCUCCCGCCUCACCAGCCUUCUGAGACCUGGCCUGCACCGGCUGUCCCUCGCUGUGUCCUGCAGCCCCCAGAGAAAGGGAGAGCCUGGACCGGGAGGGUCAGUAGUGAGAGGUAUGAAGGAAAGAAGCUUCUCUGGGGAUUCUGGCCAUGAAGUUCAUGAACAAGAAACCCAGUAGAGACAAAACAAUUUCCUACCCAGGGAGAAACACAAACCCGCGAUUCUGAAGGCCCCUUCCCAACUCCUCAAGGAAAGCCCAUGGUGGGCACCCAAAAUGGUAUGACACCUUCACAGCUCCAUCAUUAAAAUGGGAUUAAAAGAAACAUUUAUGGCCAAAAAACAUAUGAAGAGAUGUCCAAUCUCAUUAGUAAUCAGGAAAAGCCAGAGCAAAACCACACUGAGAUCCCACUUUGUUCCUACUCCAAAAGAAAAGAUAAAGAGGCAACUGGCUCCGUCUUAUGUUGCUGAUAGGUAUGUAAAAAUUGGCACUGGUGCUUUGGAAAACAGUUUGGAAAAUUUGAACUUGAACAUUCACAUACUCCAUAACCUGCUAUUUCCGCCUUUAAGUUAUAUAUAUUCCCCAGAGAAACUCUUCACAUGUGCUCCCGGAGGUAUAUUCAAGUAUAUACAUGGUAGCAUGGUUUCAAACUAGCAAAACCUGAGAGAACGAUCCAAACGCGCAUCCACAGGAUGAUGGGUGAAUAAUUCAGUACAAUCCCAGAAUGGAACGUUAUACAGCAAUAAAAAUGAAGGAACACAAUAAUACAGAUAAGUCUUAGCAAAAAAAUUUAAGGAGUAAGCCCCAAAAGAUUUCAUACAGCAUGAUACUAUGUUUAUAAAGCUAAAAACAGCUAACAGAUGGUUUUUAGGGAUACAUAUAAAUAUGAUAAACCCAUAUUUUUUCCAAAAGGAUGAACUCAAGAUUUUAAAUAGUAGUUACCUGAGGUGGGGGAAGGGAAAAGGAUGAGAAGGGUGGGUAUGUAUAGGUAGAUGGAAGUUAAUAUCAGGAUUCUAGCUUCCAUGCUGGAUGGUGGCUUCAUGAAUGUUUUUAUCAUCAUACAUUUAAAAUGGAAAGAAUAACAAUAUAAGAUUGAUAAGUAGGUAUAUCAAUAGAUAGGUAGAGAGAUGGGCAGAUUAUUGGAAGGAAAGGAGGGAGGGAUGGGGGUGGAUGGAUGGAUAAGAAGAUUAAUAAAAGAGGGCCAUGCAUGGAUCAAUGAUGAGGGUGUGAUGAAGCAAGAAUUGUGAUAGGUACAAUUCCACGUACUUAAGAUCCAAAGGAGAAAUAAAUAGAAGGACAAUCCCUAAGGAACCUCCAAGUUCCCUUUAUUACCACAUUUACAAAUCCACCUUAGGAGGAAAGCAUAGUUAAUGGGUGUCACCAGGGUGUCUAGCACUUCUCAAGCAGUAUCUUAUUUCAUCCUCAUACCAGUCCCACAAGGUAGGCACCAUUCCCCACCCUGCAGGUGAAGAAUCUGAAGGAAAAAAAAAAAAAAAGAAUCUGAAGGAACCGACUCAGUGUUACUCAGAUGACAAGUGGUGGAACCAAAAAGCCCGGAUUCAAACUCAGCUCUGCUCAGUGCUUUCCAGGGAGCCACACUGCCUACUGUCUAUGGACAGAUGGGGAGACCUUGAUCCAUCCUCAUUCUACUACUUCCCGAUGUCCCAGGCCUGCUGUUCUACACGAAAGCCCACUCUGUGCCUCCAAGUAGGGAGCAGAAGGGAAGAACACAUGCACUUUGCCAGUCGUGGAGUAGAUCUAGGGUUAGUCCUGAGCCCCAAAAUAGCCCUGGUAAAGAUCUGGGGGAGGUAGUGUAGGCCAAGUUCUGGAGAAAGGCUCUCUGUAGAAGGAUGAACAGGCAUCCUACUGUGUUUGUUUCACUGUGGUCUUGAACCUUCGUAGUCACAAAAAUAGGGGUGCUGAGCCCAACCUCCAUUACCCCUUAGACAUGAAUCUCCUCUUCAACGUUUUCUACUCGCAGUAGAGAGGCUUCCACUUGAACAUCCCCAUCCCCAGACUCCCAUGCUGGGAGCCUUGGGAUGUCCUGGCCUCCCUCCCCACACACACCUCCCCCCAGAAGCGGGCCAGGAGAAGGAUGAGGCCAGCAAAGUGCCUAGGGAGCAAAAUUUACAGGGACACUCUCUCUGGGUUGAGCAAGGACUUGCCACGUCCUAUUUUGGGUCCUAGACGCCCUAGAUGUCGAAGCCCCAUGACUUCUGCCCUCUCCUGUUCGUCUUCACGGUUGCUCAGCCCCUGAUCAGCAUAUACCUCGAUCACACUAAUAGCCUCCUUACGAUUCUCACUCUGGAGUCUCUAAGCCAUACACUUCAAAGACCUCAGAAUGGUCUUUUCCAAACAUUUGCUCAUCUAUACUUCAAUUAAAAAAAAUACAUUAAAAAAACCUUCAAAUAGUUCCUUAGUCCCUAAAUCAUACCUCAAGAAGGUGACAGCGACUACCCCAGGUGUCCCAUAUUUUGUCACCAGAGGGAAAAUGAAGCAGUCAGAAGAGUCCCAGUUUGGACAUGAUGAUGCCUCACCCCUUUAGGAGAGAGCUCAUGUCCUGAGCAAGCCUGUAGCUUCCACGCAAAUAAUGGCUCAAUGCAAAGAAGGUGAUGCCUUCCUUUAUUCCACAAAUAUUACUGAGUUUAUACAGGCACCGUUUAGACACAAGGAAACACUGGUAAACACUGGUAGGGAUGGUCCUUACCCUUACGGAGUUUACAGUCUGAUGAAGACAGACACAAAAGAAAGAAGAGAGGGAAGGCGACAGGGAGGGAGGGAGGAAGGGAAAAAGCAGGAAGGAAGAAAGAAGAAAAUGAUACGUGUCCUGAAGAAAAUAAAAGGGUGCACAAGAUACUGCAGAUUGCCACGACAGAGAGCUCCAUGGAAUCAGGAAUUAAAUGGCAGCUGUCUAGAAAAAAACAGUGGAGAAAGCCUUUCUGAAAAGGGACUAUUUGAGCUGCUAUCUGAAAGUUACAAGAGUCCGGGGAAAGACACUCCUGUUACGGGAACCCAUUGCACCAAGACCUAAG